CUUCCAGCUUUUUAUAGCGAGGGGUACAAUCUGUUAGUCUAAACAAGUCAUCUAAUAUCUAUAAAAUGAGACCAUGUAACCACAUACUUUUAUUUUGUUUUGCAGAAGUUAGUGUCUCUACCCUCAAAAGAAUAAAAUAUGAAGGUAAAAUCAACAAUAAUGUGUGGAAUACUCCAGGCAAAAAGCGGCCUGAUAAGCCUACGGUGUCAAAUUUAGAUACCUUUGAUAUAGAUGCUAUUAGAAAUAAGAUUACAGAAUUUUAUACCGUCAAAAAGGAAGUACCAACACUGCGGAGCCUCCUGGCGGAGUUGCGGACUAGCAUAAAUUUCCUUGGCUGCAAAGAAACAUUAAGGCGGAUUUUAAUAGCUAAUGGGUAUGAGUUUCAAAAAAUUCAGAAUGAUCGGUAUGUUCUAAUGGAACGCUAUGACAUUGCUGCAUGGAGGCAUAGAUUUCUUCGGGAGAUUGCAGAGAAACGUGCAGCAGGAAAACAAAUUGUGUAUUUGGAUGAAACCUAUGUGCACAAAAACUACAAACCUAAAAAAUCAUGGCGAGGCCCGGGAACAAGUGGUGCAGUUGAAAGCAUUUCGUCUGGAAAAAGACACAUUAUUGUGCACGCUGGGCAUGAAAAUGGUUUUGUCCCAAAUGCUCUUCUAGUUUACAGCACGAAAUCUAAACUGGCUGAUUACCACCAUGAUAUGAACGCCAGCAACUUCAAUAAAUGGUUAGAAGAAAAACUCAUACCAAAUUUAGACAAACCUAGUGUGGUAGUUAUGGAUAAUGCCAGUUACCAUAGUGUUGUAAAGAAUAAAGCCCCAACAACUCAAACAAAUAAGCCCCAAAUCAAAGAGUGGCUUACAGCUAAUAAUAUUCACUAUGAAAAAUAUCACAAAAAAGAUGAAUUGUUAGUACUUGUUGAUAAAUACAAGCCAGAGCCAGUGUAUGAAGCCGAUUACAUACUUCAGCAACAUGGCCAUGAAGUUUUACGCCUGCCUCCAUACCACUGCGAUUUGAAUCCUAUCGAGUUAAUAUGGAGUCAAGCGAAAAGGAAAAUUGCCAAGAAGAACAUAGGGUUAUCUGCACAAGACACAGAAAAACUGAUCCACGAUUCUUUUGCAAGCAUAACAGCAGAUGAUUGGAAAAAAAUGACCAAUCACGUCAUUAACGUUGAAAACCAAUAUAAAGACAGGGACAACAUCAAAGAAGACAUGAUAGAUAAAUUUAUUAUUAGUGUGGGAAGUAGCAGCUCAACCACUUCGGAGGAUUCGAUGGAAGUUGAGAUUUUAGAGAGUGAUUUUAAUUAUUCUUCUUAAAU